AUGACUGCCGCCGACGCAGCGGCGAGCCACGACAAGCGCGACAAGAAGCAGCGGCGGGUCAAGGAGUUUGGGUACGACGUGUACAACAACGAGGCGCAGUACCGCCACUACAAGAAGACGGUGCGCCGCGCGGGCGACGCCGGCAAAAUCAGCAACGGCGGCGACGAGGACGGCGGAGCGCCCGACGACGACCCCGGCGACUACGACCCGCUCGACUACGGGCGCGCGCCGCCGGUGGCGAAGGAGCGGGUGCAGGCGCUCGUGGACGACAUGCACGAGCAGGCGGUGCGGCGCGCUAACUGGUCCCGGCGGCGCACCUUCGACGAGUCGAAGGACGUCACGUACAUCAACAAGCGGAACGAGGUGUACAACAAGAAGAUCGAGAGGGCGUUCGACCCGUACACGGUGGAGAUCAAGGCGAACCUGGAGCGGGGCACCGCCCUCUAG